CUCUCGUGUUGGACGGUGUUACUCCGCUGGACGUCCGUUCACGAAAGGCGCCCGUUUAUUUUUCCUGAAUUGUAGCUUUGAAAAUUAAUCGCUUUCUCCGUUUAUUUUUUCGCAACGAAUAUGAUUGAUCCGAAGAAGAGAGCAGCGGAUAUGGCAGUGGUUCCUGCCGCCGUGAAACGUCCCCGGACGGAGCUUGUGGCGGCGGCUCAGUCUCAGCAACUCGUGGCAACGGGCCCACCACGAACAUCCAGUAUUCAGGCUCCAAUCAUGCUGAUGUCUGGCCAUGAGGGCGAAGUCUACUGCUGCAAGUUUCAUCCCAAUGGUGCCACACUGGCUUCCUCAGGAUUUGACAGGCUCAUAUUGAUGUGGAAUGUGUAUGGAGAUUGUGAUAAUUAUGCCACACUGAAGGGCCAUAGUGGAGCAGUGAUGGAGCUGCACUACAACACAGAUGGCAGCAUGCUCUUUUCAGCGAGCACGGACAAGACUGUAGGUGUGUGGGACAGUGAAACAGGCGAGAGGAUGAAGCGCCUGAAGGGCCACACCUCCUUCGUUAACACCUGCUACCCCGCUCGCCGAGGGCCACAGCUUGUCUGCACCGGCAGUGAUGAUGGAACAGUCAAGCUGUGGGAUAUUCGUAAGAAGGGGGCGAUCCACACUUUCCAGAACACCUAUCAAGUAUUGGCCGUCACCUUCAACGACACCAGUGAUCAGAUUCUGUCUGGAGGCAUCGACAAUGACAUCAAGGUGUGGGACCUGAGGCAGAACAAGCUGAUCUACAAUAUGCACGGCCAUGGUGACUCAGUAACCGGACUUGCACUGAGCUCUGAGGGAUCCUAUCUUCUCUCAAACUCCAUGGACAACACAGUGCGUAUCUGGGACGUUCGACCAUUUGCACCCAAGGAGAGAUGUGUGAAGAUCUUCCAGGGCAACGUUCACAACUUUGAGAAGAAUUUACUGAGAUGCUCCUGGUCUACUGACGGCAGCAAGAUUGCUGCAGGUUCAGCUGAUAGGUUUGUGUAUAUUUGGGACACAACAUCACGUAGGAUCCUGUACAAGCUGCCGGGCCAUGCUGGCUCUGUCAAUGAAGUGGUCUUCCACCCCGAGGAGCCAGUAGUGCUGUCUGGCGCCAGUGAUAAACGGCUCUACAUGGGAGAAAUCCAGUAGGAUUUUUGUGUAGAAGCCUGGAUACGUAUGUACAGUGUGUGUGCGUGUGUGUGUGUAAUUGUCCCACUGUGGAAGUCGAGAGGUGGUGAUCGGCCGUGGGUUAAGAGUCGCUGUAGUCUCAUAUGCUACAGUUGGUCUUAAAACAACCUCAGGAUGUGUGUGUAAAGUUUAUUACACUUAGUCACAACAACAACAAUGACAUGUUUUUUUAAAAUCUGGAUUUGUU